GCGCUGCGCCCGCCCACGGUUCGCGUUCUCCCGCUGGCGGCGGACGCUCGGCCCUCUCUCCUCGGCUUCCUCUGGCGCCGGCUUCGCUCCCGCAGGCCCGGGGAGCCCGCGCGGCCGCUCCUGCUCCCGGUGGUGGGGCCAUGGCGCGGCGGCCCGAGGCUGGCGGCGAGGCCCGCAGUGCGCUGGCGCUGCCGGCGCUGCUGGCGCUGGCCCUGUGCGCGCCGGGGGCCGGGGGCCAGGCGCUCGAGUGGUACUCGGCCGUGGUGAGCCUGGAGUACCUGGAUCGGCAGACGAACCGGACCGUGUGCAGCGUCUCGGAGAGUGGCCGCUUCGGCGACAGCUCCCCCAAGGAGGGCGCGCUGGGCCUGGUGGGCGUCCCGGGCGCCCGGGACGGCGACCCUGAGGGUUGCGCGCCCGACACGCGCUUCGUGGUGCCCGCGCCGGGCGGCCGCGGAGCCGCGCCCUGGGUCGCCCUGGUGGCGCGUGGGGGCUGCACCUUCAAGGACAAGGUGUUGGUGGCGGCGCGGAGGAACGCCUCGGCGGUGGUGAUCUACAACCAGGAGCGCCACGGGAACAUCACGGCGCCCCUGUCGCACGCGGGAACGGGAAAUAUAGUGGUCAUUAUGGUUAGCUACUCGAAAGGAAAAGAAAUUUUGGAUCUGGUACAAAAAGAAAUUCAAGUCAAAAUGACCAUAGGGGUUGGGACCCGCCAUGUCCAGGAGUUCAUCAGUGGCCAGUCAGUGGUGUUUGUGGCCAUCGCCUUCAUCACCAUGAUGAUCAUCUCAUUAGCGUGGCUGAUAUUUUACUAUAUACAGCGUUUCCUUUAUACUGGCUCACAGUUUGGAAGCCAGAGCCAUAGAAAAGAAACCAAGAAAGUUAUUGGCCAACUUCCGCUUCAUACUAUAAAGCAUGGAGAAAAGGGAAUCGACGUUGAUGCUGAGAGUUGUGCCGUGUGCAUUGAGAAUUUCAAGGUGAAGGAUGUGAUCCGAAUCCUGCCGUGCAAGCAUAUUUUUCAUAGAACGUGCAUUGACCCCUGGCUUUUGGAUCACCACACGUGUCCAAUGUGUAAGCUCGAUGUCAUCAAAGCCCUGGGAUACUGGGGAGAGCUUGAGGAUGCCCAGGAGGAGCCCGCUGCUGAGGCAGCCCCUGGAGGUGCUGUGGCUGCAAGUGUGAGUGUUACUGUUCGCCACGAAGACAGAAGUGUCGGGAGCCCCUCCCCGUCGCCCUCCACCAGUGACCCCGUGUCGCAGUGCAGCAGGCAUCUUAAAGAAGACGCAGGGGAAAGCACAGCCUUACUUGAGGCAGAGACGGGCAGGAGCGACCCCCAGGGCGGAGGACCUGUCUCCUCGCACGGCCCCUGACAGCGGCCCGGGCGCGGCUCUGGACUAAAGGACAUUUUAUUUUUUUUACUUUAGCACAUAGUUUAUAUAUUUGAAAAUAAUGUACCUUUUGAUGAAUUAUUUUACCUUUCAUGGUCUGAUUUGAUAUACAAAGGGCUAAAUAUUUUAUUCUUAAAGAGACUUGUUGAUUACUGUUCAUAUAUUUAUCUACUGAAGUAUAUCCCUUACAACAAACAACAUGUUGUUUCAGGUUGUUUCUGAGGAGAUGGCUAGGAAGGCGCGCUGGUGCCAGUGUUUGUAAACCCGAGGCGAGCGGCUGAGUCCGUCCGCAGCGUGGUUAGACUCCGCACGUGAGCGCAGACUAGUCCAAGUGGAAUUGUGUCAUUAAAUCCCAUAAAUGCUUUCCCUGGAAGAAAGGCAUUUUUAGAACAUUAUACUUGUAAAUGAAAUGAGAGGAAUCUACACCUUGGUAUUAUAUAGUGAGAUUUCAAAACCUGAGAAUCCUUUUCAUUGUUGUAUCACUCAAUUUCUUGUGACACUUUGAUGGGAAGUUUGCUCAUUUUUUUCAACAAUUAAAAAUGCUCAGAAUCUGUGUUUCUGUGACUAUUGGGCCCCCAUUGCCUGUGGGAAAUCGAGUAGACAGCGACUGGUUUUCUUUGUAAGUGAUGAAUACAAUCUAUUGGUUCCAACAACAAUCUGAUAUUUAAAAUUGUAAGGAUGAAAGGUGGAGAAUUUUUUAUUGUUGUAACAAAAUAAGCAACCAGUUUCCUGAUUAAUUUUAAAGCAAACUAAUGACCAUGACCUUGUUCAAUCAGCUGCCCUUUUUACUUUUGUUUGCUGUUCUUAUUUGUAGGUGAAAGCAGCAGCAAAUAAAAAGCAUUUGGAGACUAAGUUUCAUAAAGUGAUUAAAUAAACACACGCACCUGCUCUCCUGUCACUUGCUGGAGGUGGAAGCUGACGAUAAGGGAGAGUUAUUUUGUACAGCCUGGGAAGGAGGACUGGCCGCAGCCCUGCCACCGCCUCGCGCCCCUGAGCUGCGCAGCGUGCAAGCGGCACAUCAGGUGCCUUGAAGACAUUAAAGCAAUGGAACUAGGAAAUCCAGAGAAUUCAAGAUGUUGGGUUUUGUUUUUUUAAAAAAAUAAGUUAAAUUGAAUUUGUCUGCGAGCACUUAAAAGUUGAUUGUACCAAAA